AUGAAUAAUUACCAAAAAAUUUUACUUUUCAAUAAAGAUCAAAUAUUAUCAGUUCAUUUAUGGUCGACAGAAAGUAUUAAUGAAAUUAUUUCAUCCUUUAUUUUCGAUUCAUCAUUUAAUUGUCUUGAAUCACUUGUUUUUUAUACAAUCGAAUCAGAUGUAGUAAUGUCAGUUCUUCCAAAAUUAACUUAUUUACCUCGUCUUUUAUCAUUAACAAUCGAUACAUGGUAUAAUCUAAAAGAUCUUGCUGAUAUCUAUCAAUUAAUUUUCAACUUACCAAAAUUAAAAUAUAUCCAAUUUACAGCAAUGGAAUCCAAUGAUUACGAUAUAACUAUCUCAUUAACAAUUGCUACUAGUGAACAAAUCAGUUCUAUCGAACAUCUUAUUAUGGAUCAUCCUUGUACUUUCGACGAACUUUUUGGUAUAACAUCCUAUACACCUCAUCUUCGUUAUUUAAAAUUUUUGAGUUUUACCAAUCGAAAUGUAAACAUUAGAAGUAUUAAACCAAUAAUAUUACCAAAUUUAACACAUCUUUCUAUUCAUAUAUAUAGAAAAAUAUCAUUUGACGAAUUUGAAAUAUUUAUUAAUAAAUUAAAUUCGAAAAUAAAAGUUUUAUCAUUGACGACACUAGUUGAAGAUAUUGCUUAUCUUGAUGCUAAUCGGUGGGAAGAAUUUAUUUUAACAAAAUUACCUCAAUUGGAAAAGUUUUAUUUUAAGUACAGUGCAUAUUUUGCAGAAGAUUAUCAAACUUCGAUAUAUUUUGGACAACGCGAUCAAUUUAUUUCAUCAUUUUGGCUUCAACGACGAUGGAUAUUAGAAAUUGAAAUUGAAUUUGAAAAUAUAAUUUAUUCAAUCCGUCCAUAUCAAAAAAGAUGGUAUGAAUAUGAUACACAAAAUAAGAUGAUUAAUUCUUCUGAUCAAUUAUCUAAAUCUAUUCGUCUUAGUCUAGAUGAAAUAUGUCCUGAACGAUGGACGAAGACAAUAUUCAUAAAUGAUUCUAUUAAUCAUGCUUUAACUGUAACACAAAUUUAUCAAUUAGAAAUUCACGCAAAAAUUUUUCGCGAUAAAUUAAUGGAAAUUUUACAUUUAUUACCUGAAGUUAAUACAUUAAAGAUUUUUUCUUUACCAAUUUUACAACAAGGAGAUUUAUCAGAAGAAGAAAUCGAAUUUCUUUACAUGAAUGAACUUUAUAUGUUAUCUUUAAUUUGUUCUCGUAUUAAUCAUCUUCAAAUAAAAUGUGUUAAUUAUAUGCAUGCUGAAUUAUUAACAGGACUUAUUUUAACACAAAUUAAGAGUGUAUCCAAUUCUUUACUUCGAUUAUUAUGUUUUUGUGUUCCAGAAGCACAUGAUGAUAUGAUUGAAAAAUUAGAAAACAUGAUUGACGUAGAAAAUUUACGUUUUGAUUUUAUUAUUAAACAUGUUAUGGAUAAAAUUUAUUUACAAUGGAAAUGA